UUCCCCACACGAGCUCGACUCCGCUCAAACGGAUCCGAAGCCACUUUAUGACAUGCAGUGCCCCUUCACCGUCUUCACCAUGCCAUCACGACUGCAGAAAGCUCCGUUGAGCUUCAUGAAGCUGUGCUGGAGACAUGUUCCUCCGGACUUUGGGUAGCCGGAGGCUAGGGAGCUCUCUAUGCUUACCAUCGUUAUGGCGACGACAACCGAGGAUCGCCAAUGGGCAGCGGAGCUUGCUCACUAUUGCACACGAUCGAGGGCCUUCUGAGCCUCCACUGCUCGAACAGACUGUGCCGGAGCACUUUGCUUCCAUUGUCUCGCGUUAUGGCGACCGACCCGCUGUAUCAACGAGACAUCAACGUAUAACACUUACCUACGAGGAGCUGGAUCAAAAGUCCAACGCGUUGGCCCGAGGCCUGCAAAACAUAGGCGUGAAGAAAGGCGAUCGUGUGUCUGUCUCAUUGGGCAACAACAUCGAGUUCGCGAUUGCAACAUAUGCCAUAUUCAAGCUGGGUGCGAUCUUGAAUCCGCUCAAUCCGAGCUUCAACGCCAACCAGGUCGUGAGCGCCUUGAACCACCUGGAAACUUCACAUUUGAUCAUUGGGACCGAGACACAUUUGAUUCGAAAGGACCCACGAAACAAUUCGGAUAUCUUGAAGCAUAUCGCCCCUGGCAUCGGAGGCAAGAAGCUGGAAUCGGAGCUCUGUCCAUCGCUCGAGGAGAUUGUGUUGGUCGACAACUCCCAUGGCCGAGUCGAUCCCGGAGCAUUGGGUGCAACAGUACCUUUCCAAUCGAUCCAAGAAGGACAGUCGGCCCAGUCGAUUUCUUAUGAAAACCUGCAUAAGGACGAUGUUGUCAACAUUCAGUUCACGUCCGGUACUACUUCAGCUCCAAAGGCCGCCUGCCUCUCACAUCGCUCAAUUCUCAACAACGGCGCACAGAUCGGAGCUCGCAUGCUCCUCACUCCAAAGGAUGUCAUCGUCUGCCCUCCACCUCUCUUCCACUGCUUCGGAUGCAUUCUAGGCUAUAUGGCCACAGCAACACACGGCGCCCAGAUCGUCUUCCCCACCGAAGCCUUCGACCCACUCGCCUCCCUCCAAGCCGUCCAAGACUACAAAGGCACAGGUCUCUACGGCGUAGCCACCAUGUUCCUCGCCGAACUCGAACUAAUCGCCAACAAAACAAUCCCCAACGAAGGCUUCCAGCACCUCCGCACAGGGAUCGCAGCAGGCUCGUCUGUCCCCCAAGAACUCAUGAAACGCCUGCACAAAGUCCUGAACCUCACCGAACUCACCAUCUGCUACGGCAUGACCGAAACUUCCCCCGUAAGCUGCAUGACCCGCACCGACGACCCUCUUCAAAAACGCAUCGAAACCGUAGGAAAACUCCAACCCCACGUCGAAGCCAAAGUCGUCGACCCCUUCGACCACUCCCGAACCCUCAAAGUAGGCGAAAAAGGCGAGCUCGCCGUAAGCGGCUACCUCCUCAUGAAAGAAUACUACAACGACCCCAAAAAGACUAAAGAAGGGAUGAUUUCUCUUCCAUCUUUGUCCGGCAAAAACGAAACUUUCAUGCUCACGGGCGAUGAAGCUGUCAUGGAUGAGGAAGGUUAUGUUGCGAUCACAGGACGAAUCAAAGAUCUGAUUAUUCGUGGAGGAGAAAAUAUUCAUCCUUUGGAGAUUGAGAAUUGUUUGUUGUCGCAUGAGGGCGUGAGAGAGGUUAGUGUGGUGGGGCUGAAGGAUGAGAGGUAUGGAGAGGUUGUGGCGGCUUUUGUGGUGAGGAAUCGGAAUCCUGAAGGGGAAAAGUUGAGUGCGAAGGAGGUGAGGGAUUAUGUUAGGGAGAGGCUGAGUGGGCAUUUGGUGCCCAAGUUUGUUUUCUGGACAGAGGACUACCCCAAGACGGCGAGCGGGAAGAUUCAGAAAUUCAAGUUGCAAGAGGAGGGAGAAGUAAUGGUUAAAGAAGGGAAGGGUCUUGAGUAACAACAAAUUGCGACAAGAGGGCGAGAACUUGCAUAGGCUGUAUUGCCAAAGGAAGAGGCUCUUGAUCAUGUACGUAUUGUACAGAAUCGCUUUGUGCAUAUUGCGGGUAAAGUGCG